CAUGCGCAAAUUGGUACCAUUCCAAAGCUGUCAUUGGUCCAAAGCCUAAACGGGUUGUUUAGCUAACAGGUGAACCCUUCAUAUUUUUUAUUUAUUUAACUUUUCUUAGUGGUUAGAGAUGGCCGCUAGAUAUGAUAGAGCUAUAACAGUAUUUUCCCCUGAUGGACACCUGUUUCAAGUGGAAUAUGCGCAAGAGGCUGUGAAAAAAGGCUCCACUGCGGUUGGCAUCCGUGGUAAAGACAUUGUCGUUCUGGGUGUUGAGAAAAAGUCUGUCGCUAAACUCCAAGAGGAGAGGACUGUACGCAAGAUCUGUGCACUGGAUGAUCAUGUGUGCAUGGCAUUUGCAGGUCUGACGGCAGAUGCUCGUAUAGUUAUCAACAGGGCCAGGGUGGAGUGUCAGAGCCACAGGCUCACUGUAGAGGACCCUGUUACGGUGGAGUACAUCACACGCCACAUCGCUACACUCAAACAGCGCUACACACAGAGUAAUGGACGAAGACCCUUUGGUAUCUCUGCUCUAAUCGUGGGCUUCGACUGUGAUGGAACCCCACGGCUGUACCAAACCGACCCGUCUGGAACAUACCAUGCCUGGAAGGCUAAUGCCAUUGGUCGCAGUGCAAAGACUGUCCGGGAGUUUCUGGAGAAGAACUACACAGAGGAGUCCAUCGCCACUGACAACGAUGCUAUAAAGCUGGCCAUUAAAGCCCUGUUGGAGGUCGUCCAGUCAGGAGGAAAGAACAUUGAGCUGGCUGUAAUCAGGAGAAAUCAGUCAUUGAAGCUUUUGGAGUCUAAAGAAAUUGAAACCCUUGUGACUGAAAUUGAGAAGGAGAAAGAAGAGGAGGCAGAGAAGAAGAAGCAGAAGAAAUCAACAUAAAUCAAAUUGGUCUUUCACAUCACCUGUUUUCACUUUGUGUGAGGAUAGGAUACGUUUCAAUUCAGGGUGACUGCAUUCAAUACCCCCUGUAUCCAACAACACACACUCCUGUCUCUAUUUCUUUUGUUUUGUAGUCUGGUUACAUUAGCUAUGACCAUUUUGUUCACUUAUGUUAGCACAUUACCCUGAACUGAAGCAUUUGACUCCAAAAAUAAUGCGGUUUAUUAAUGUAAUAUUGAACAAUAAAAUAUUCACCUUUUGUAUUUUCAA